AUGAAGAUUUCUGUGGCUGCAUURACUUUCUUUUUCUUCUAUGUGGCUGAAAUCACAGCUCAGCCAACAGGAGAUAGAGACGAUGGCACCAUUCAGUCAUAUGGUGACAAAGACUGUGGUGCAGCCGAAGACCAGAAAACCAAUGGGCAACUUCUUGUCAUCUUAAGAGAGCUAGAAACCAAACUUAGAGACAAUCAGAAAGAGCUGGGGGUCCUGAAGUCACAAGUUCAAGGCAACAAGGUAGCAUUUGGAGCAUCUAUAAAUGUAGGCAAAAAUGUUGGACCUUUUAAUACUGAGAUCACACUGGUCUACGAAAAGAUCUACGCAAACACAGGAUCAUUCAACCCUGGAACAGGUAUUUUUACGGCUCCUGUCAAAGGAGUCUAUUACUUCAGCUUCUCUGGACACAAUCAAUCAACUCAACCAAUGGGCCUGCGACUGAUGAAGAAUGGAGAGCAGAUGGUCACUGUCUWCAACCAUSCUGCUGGAAAUGGUUAUGAGACAGCAACCAAUGGGAUGACUCUGAAGCUUGAAGUUGGAGACCAGGUUUACAUGAGACUGCGUGAAAACACCUGGAUUGUUGGCAGUCCGAAUGAUCACAGCACAUUUAUUGGCCAUUUAUUAUUCCCUCUGUAA